GUGUGUGUGUGUGUGUGUGUGUGUGUGUGUGUGUAGUAGCAGAGCUUGUUCUCAUAACAGCCGGCGGCGGCUGAAGGCGUGGUGAGUGUGCGCUCCGGUAGUAACCGGAUGAUGAGCUUGGGCAGCGGCUGCUCGGCGGCGGCGGUAGUGGUGGCUCUCCUCCGCUGACAAAGCUGAACCCGCCCCGAGUGGGCCGGAUCGGAUCGACAGCAUGCCGGAGAGUCUCUGCCUGCAUCACCGCCUCGGAAGCCGGGAUACAGCCUAAAAGGAGUGCCAAGAUGACUGAGGGCAGAUUGUGUCAAGUUCAGCUGCUGGAUGACAGGAAGCUGGAGCUGCUGGUUCAGCCGAAGCUUCUGUCCUACGAGCUCCUCGAUUUGGUGUCGUCCCACUUCAACCUGAAAGAGAAGGAAUUCUUUGGUCUUGCUUUCUUCGAUGAUAAUGGUCAGUGUAAGUGGCUGCAGAUGGACCGCAGAGUUCUUGAACACGACUUUUCCAAGAAGCCUGGAGCCAUUUCUCUGAACUUCCUGGUCAGGUUUUAUGUAGAAAACAUCACACAGCUGAAGGACAUCAUAACAGUGGAGUUAUUCUACCUGAAUGCAAAAUCAGCUGUCUACAAUGGGAUGAUCGAAGUGGAAACGGAGAAUGUCUUCAGAUUAGCUGCAAAUGCUCUCCAGGAGGCAAAGGGAGACUAUACGAGUGAUGAAAACACUCGAGCUGACUURAAGAAACUUCCAACUCUUCCCACCACAGUGCUGAAGGAGCACCCAUCUCUUGCCUACUGUGAGGACCGAGUCAUUGAGUAUUAUAAGCAGCUGAAAGGUGUCUCCAGAGGACAGGCCAUUGUGCAGUAUCUGACGCUGGUGGAAUCAUUGCCAACAUAUGGUGUUCAUUAUUAUGAGGUUAAGGAUAAACAGGGCAUCCCCUGGUGGCUCGGACUCAGCUAUAAGGGCAUCGGCCAGUACGAUCUGCAGGACAAAUUAAAACCUCGGAAGCUUUACCAGUGGAAGCAGCUGGAAAACUUGUACUUCCGAGAGAAAAAAUUUGCUGUUGAAGUUAAUGAUCCACACAGGAGGGCAGUAACCAAGCGCACCUUUGGGCAGACAGGUCUACUCAUCCACACGUGGUAUGCCAGCCACUCUUUGAUCAAGACUAUUUGGGUCAUGGCCAUCAGCCAGCAUCAGUUCUACUUGGACAGAAAACAAAGCAAAGCUAAAUUAGGACCAGCUAAAAAUCUGGAAGAAAUUGGCAUGGAGCUCACAGAGCAUGGAGGAGCAAAGCUCAACAGACUGGGAGAUGAUGGUUUGAAGAAUAACCUCAUAAGAGCCAGCAAUGGGAGCCUGGUGUCUACAGGUUCUGCUGACUCUGAAAUGAGUGAGGAACAGAAGAAAGAAAAACUAUCUGAGCUGAGAAAAAAGGAACGGGAGAUUCAAGAUAUUCUGUCCAAGAAAACAAAAGAACUGAAGAAGAUUUGCCUCAGAGAGGCGGAACUAACUGGCAAACUGCCAAGAGAGUAUCCCUUGUCUUCAGGUGAAAGACCGCCGCAGGUUAGACGGCGAGUGGGCACUGCCUUCAAGCUAGACGAGCUUUUUCCCUACAACGAGGACCCCUUUCUGAGAAACCUGGAGAGCAGGUUCGCCCUCCAACAAAAGAUUGUGGAGGCAGCGAAGAAGCUGGCAAAUGAGUCGGAACUGUGCAAAACAGUGAAGAAGAAGAGGAGGAGAAACUGCCUGGAUGCUAUGCACAAACUCCAGCAGAUAGAGGAUGAAAUGAACCAGUACAGAAUCAAAAAAGGGAAAAAGCCCACACAGCGUGCCUCGGUGAUCAUCGCAGAUGAACUAAUCAAGUCAGACUGUGGGUCUCUGUCUAGUCUCCCACUAGACGAUGAAGACUCAGACAGUGCAGGUCAAAGGCCACGGUCACGCUCAGUCCAGGGUUCGCCUCAGCUCAGUCCGAUGCGAUCACUAGGAGCAGAGUAUGAUGUGGAAAGACAGGGAUCCUCGGCAGGAAAUCACCACAAAAACAACAGAAAAGUUUUUGACAGCAUGGAGGCGGCCCAUACCUGCCCGAAUCCAAGAGACGUCUCCUCCACCCACAGUAGUCCUUGUAAAACCCUUCCUAGACCUCCUAGAGAUCCACGCAGCAUGCCUCCCACCCCAGUCAUGACCCGCAACGCCUACAGCAGCAGCCAGCUCAGGUUGGAGGGGUCUCCUCAUUGCUUCAGGCACCGCAGCGGAAGUCUGGAGUCUCAGCCCCGUUUAAGGAAGGACACGGACUCCGAGAAGCCUGUUUUCAUCCUGUCGCCGUCUCAUCGCAGUAACAGCACAGAGGUGUUAGAAGAUUGCUCGUCCUACACCAGCCAGUCCAGUCUGGACUGCUGCGGGGCAGCUCCCUCCCACUACAGCACACUGGACUCCCGAACCUCAACCACGCACCGCCUUCGCAGGAAGCUGGAAGUGUUUGGUAACACUGGAAGCAUGCCCAACCUGGUUCAGCACCACUCCGGUUCUAGCUAUUCAUGCGAGACGUCACCCCACUAUGCACCUAGUGCCUACUAUGUUGCAGGUUACCCAUGCCCUGACAUGGAGCCUUACGCUAACGGUGCCUAUGUAUAUGAGAAUGACGUUGAAGGCCACUACAACGUCAACCCAUCCUACCAAAUGAACGGCUAUCACGGACAGGACAGGUUUAGGCAUUACAGCAGCAAUGGAACCGAUAGUCUUUCUCAGAACCCUUAUGCCACAGUGAGACCACCAAGGAACAGAGAGGGUCCCAGGAAUGAGCUCUUAGCCAAAAACAUGCAGAAGGCCUUGGUGGCGGAGCACCUGAGAGGCUGGUACCACCGGAACAGAGCUCCCAGAGAGGGAGGGAGGGGUCUGAUGGCGGGAUAUGACUUCGACAGCGGAUCUCAGCUCAGUCUGGGCUACCAGACCAUGCCAGCAGCCUUCAGCCACUCGAGCAGAACAGCAUCUUUCUCCUCAGUGUCCUCAGCAGACAGCACAGGAAACUGGCGGAACCAUCUGGCUGUCGGCCUGACAGAGUUUGAUUCACCUGAUUCGCGGCAGUACCUUCAUGUUGGAGCUCAAGCGUCUCCGUACAACCGCAGUCCCACACACAACAGAGUUUCUCCUGAAAACAAAGAAACAAAGCCUAAAAAGUCUGAGUCAGUAGAUCCGCUCGGUGCUGAGGCCGCUAGUGCAGAUGAAGCAUCAGACAACCAGUCUAGCACUUAAAAGGGUUCUACCUUGGCGGGAGCUACAUGAGCAUCCACUGAAGAGGACCAAAUCAAAGCUGGGCACAAACGGGUCACGGGCCAUGCAGCACAUGGAGGGAAUGAAGCUGAAGCGGUCUUCACAGCCUCUUAAAAAAGCAGUCUUUGGAGAAAUCCUGUCCUUUAAAUCUUUGCAGARGCUCACGCUGUCCUCGUGUCGCAGCGAACAUUGAACACAGUGACGAGACUCAUGAAUGACUUUCCCAUGUGCCUUGGAUUGGAUGCGUUGUACAGGCAGACGAGAAUGUGUCGAGAUGUUGCACAGCUACACUGGAAUUUUAAUCCGAAUGGGUUUCAAAGACAAAAGAAACAUCAACGUGACUUUUAAACAAGAACUCACUACUGCCCUAUACAAACCAGUAGAUUAUAGAAUUUAAAAAAAAGAUCAUUUUCAUUUCAUGUUAAGAACACCAUCCAGGUAAAAAGUACAGCUCUACGUUCCAAAUGAGACAUUAUGAGAACCUACUCAUUAGAGCAGCAUUUGUUUAUGAUGAAUUCAGAUUUCUCCCCUUUUAUUAGACAUGUUGGAUCAAAAUGUGUGUCUGUAUUGUUUAUAGAGUCAUCUGUCUUGUUGGUGCAGUAAGUGUUUGAAAAUGCAUGGUGAGAUAAUAAAAAAAACUUUUUGAUUAGGAAAAAAAGACACUGCCAUGAAAAGCAUAUCAUUGUUUGUUUCCUCACAGUUUUGUACAGUCAGUGUGUUGUUAGAUGUUGUCAUAUAAGAUUUUUCCAUUUGAUAUGAGGAGGAGAAUAAAUAAAUGUGUGACACAUA